AUGCAGGGUCCAAGAACAUUUUGCUCAGCAUCGGCAGAAGCCAUAGCAAACGUAGAAGAUAUCCUAACAGAGAUCCUUGUGUUGGUACCAGCUCGAUCACUGAUCCGUUUCAAGUGCGUCUCCAAGCACUGGUACUCACUUAUCUCCCAUCCCAAAUUUCGUCACCGCCACACCCUCCAAAAUCCAAGCCCCAACAUCUCCGCUUUCUUUUACGGUUACGAAAUCGAAAAACAAUCCUUUGGCAGCUUCCGUCUCGGUACUCAUGGCAAGCUUUCUGGGAAUCCUUUCAUAGGUCUCUCUGGUUUGGGGUUGGAGGUUCUUCAGUCCUGCAAUGGCCUCUUCCUCUGCGUUCCGAAUUUGAAAAUUUCGGUUUUUGAGUUCGGAGCUGAACCAAGUCAUGAUCCCAUCUAUGUUAUCAAUCCCACAACUAAUGAAUUCUUGGCUCUUUCUUCUCCGAAGGGCAGGGUGGCAUUCUGUAUACGUUAUGCUUUGGCUUUUGACCCCUCCAAAUCAAGUCAUUACAAGGUCGUUUGCCUUUGUCAAUACCAUAUAGAGAUAUAUUCAUCUGAGACUCGAACUUGGAGGCUUCUAGAGAUUUCUUUUCCCUCGAGCAACUAUAUGCAGAAUCUCAGCUCUGGCAUUCUUGGUACUAUGGAAAGCGGGGUAUAUUGUAAUGGCGCAAUUCAUUGGAUGACAGACCAAUCAAGGUCAAGAAACAGCUCUGAAGGUGGAAAACGUGUAACAGGCGACCAUGUGUUAUACUACUACGACUUAAGUGAAGAACGUAUGGGAGUGGCUGGUCACAUUUCAACUUGUGAAAUUGACGACUUGUUUCCACGAAUCUUGUUUAGAUAUUUUGGAGAGUCUGGUGGCCAUUUGUAUUUGAUUGACAUAUAUAGGGACAGUGAAUUUGAUGUGAUGGAAAUGGAAAGAGAUUAUUCUGGCUGGUUUGUCAGUUACCAUGUUGAUCUUAAUCUGGUAAGUAUUAGGGCGCUUGGUCUACAUAAUUCUUCCUUGUAUGUCUUGUAUCUCGGCAAGGAAGAUCAACAUGAAGAGAGGGCUUUCUCUGUGUUGUUUAUCCCUCGUAAUCAUGAGAUCAUAUGGUCCCUAAUCUUAUCACGUACGAGUAAUUAUAAACAUGGAAAAAGGAGAAGAAGGAAAAGAAAUAGGACCGUCAAGGAGAUUUCGACGCAAGGUUGUCUCGUUUUAGAGAGCGGACAUUAUUACAUGGAGACGUUGGCUCCCGUCUUGUGA